CCUAACCGCGUUGGCUGAUACGUAUAUAAAUCACCAAAUCCCUCCGUUCCCAUCUCCAAUUUCAAACAACCUUGCUUUCACAUUUCCUCAGUCAAGCCAUUCAAUCAAAACUCAAAAGAAACCCAGUGUUGGUAUCAUGGAAAUCGGUUCUUUCACAUUUCUUUCUCCAGAAGAUUUUUCUUUUAACAACAGUAGCAGCAGUUAUUUCUCAUGGUUUAAGGAUUUGGAAAAUGGGUUCAAUGCGAACAGCCGGAAGAGGGGUAGAAAAGAUACUGAGGAAUCUUUAGUUGACGAAGAAUUGCAGAUGAGUGGGUUCAGAGAUAUACUUUCCUCGAUUUUGUUGUUGGACGAGGAAGCAAAGGAAGAGCAACACCAAUGGGUCGCUGACUCUGAUCAAGAAAGGGCUUUCUUCGAAGCCAAUUACAAGGAAAAAGUUCAAGAAAUGAAUUGCUAUUUCGACCAUCUCCAAAAUCAUUACUCUGAAAUGGACGAGUUGGAUAGUUACAGAAACAAACGCGCCCGUCAAUCCAGUUCAGCAGUUGCUGCUGCCGCGGUGGCGGCGGUUUCAGCUGGUAAUUCGGACAAUAUGGGUCCAUCCGAAUCGAGCAGCGGAUUCGGACAGCAGAAGCGGUUAUGGGUAAAAGAUCGAUCAAAGGACUGGUGGGAUAAAUGCAAUCACCCGGAUUUCCCCGAUGAGGAGUUUAAACGCGCUUUUCGGAUGAGUAAAGCCACGUUCGAUAUGGUCUGCGAGGAGUUGGAACCGGUGGUGAUGAAAAAGAACACGAUGCUUCGUGACGCCAUCCCAGUUCGUCAGCGCGUGGCGGUUUGUAUUUGGAGGUUAGCCACGGGUGAGCCACUUAGGAUGGUAUCGAAGCGAUUCGGAUUGGGGAUUUCAACUUGUCAUAAGCUGGUAUUGGAGGUUUGCACAGCCAUAAAAUCCGUUUUGAUGCCAAAAUUUGUUCAAUGGCCUGACGAGAACAAAAUGAAGAGGAUUAAACAGGAAUUUGAGUCAAUCACUGGCAUUCCAAACGUGGGUGGUUCAAUGUACACUACUCACGUUCCAAUCGUUGCACCAAAAACCAACGUCGCGGCGUAUUUCAAUAAAAAACAUACGGGGAGGAAUCAGAAAACUUCAUAUUCCAUUACCCUUCAAGGAGUUGUCGAUGAAAAAGGAGCUUUCACUGAUGUUUGCAUCGGAUGGCCUGGUUCGAUGUCCGAUGAUCUAGUUCUGGAAAAGUCAGCCAUUUCCCAAAGAGCCACCAGGGGGCUUUUGAAGGAUCUUUGGGUCGUAGGAAGCAAAGGGUAUCCUUUAAUGGACUGGGUUUUGGUCGCUUACACUCACCAGAAUCUAACUUGGGCACAACACGCUUUUAAUGAGAAAAUUGGGGAGAUUGAAAAGGUGGCAAAGGAAGCAUUUGCGAGAUUGAAAGGGAGGUGGGCAUGUCUGCAAAAAAGAACCGAGGUUAAGCUUCAAGAUUUGCCUGUUGUGCUGGGAGCUUGCUGUGUUUUGCAUAAUAUUUGUGAGAUGAGAAAUGAGGAAAUAAACCCUGAGCUUCAAUUCCAGCUUUUCGAUGAUGAGAUGAUCCCAGAGAACAAUUUGAGGUCUAUGACUUGCGUACAAGCUAGGGAUCACAUUGCUCACAAUUUGUUGCAUCAUGGCUUUGGUGGCACUGGUUUUCUAUAGUGGUUUAUUAUUAUUAUUACUACUACUAUUGAUUUAGAAAUCAUUUUGUAGUAUUUUAGAUUUUGCUUGUAAUUCUUUUUGGCUAUGGCAAUAAAUAAUUUACAUAACAUA